CCCUUCUUCACUCUCCCCCGCCAAGCACACUUCCACUGCCGCUCCUAGCCUCCUCCAGACUGCAAGCAAUUUCUGCAAAAAUCGAUAAUGUUGUCCUUCCCAUUCACAGCGCUCAAUUCAGCUUCUUCACUCCAACUUCCAUUCCAUUCUCUGGUCCUUUCCUCAUCCCAAUCGAAGCUCGCUGCCGUCUCCACUCAUCACUUCCUAUCUCUUCCCGUACAAAGAAGCCGAAGAAAUGCCGGAAUGGGAGGAGGAAGAAGAACGCCGCCGGCGAUUUUGUGUUGCUCGAUUCCCAGUUCUUCAUCACCCGCCGCCGGUGCUGAUGCUUCUUCUUCUCCGGCGAUGACCGUGGCACCUCCGGUGGUGAGGAAGAGAAAGCGAUACCGGAAACCCUACCCGGGAGAGGUCAAGGGGAUUACUGAAGAAAUGAGGUUCGUCGCCAUGCGACUCCGCAACAUCAAGGGCAAGUACACUCACAAGAACAAAACCGCCUCCGAUUCCGACUCCGACGGAGGCGAAUCGCAGAGUUCCGAAGAAGGAGAGGGAGCCGGAGAGGGAAACGAAGCGGAAUCGGAGACUUGGAUGCCGAGUAUGGAAGGGUUCGUCAAGUAUCUGGUGGCCAGCAAGCUCGUGUUCAACACUGUGGAGCGGAUUCUUGAUAAAUCCGACGACGUUUCAUAUACACAUUUCAGGAAAACUGGGUUGGAAAGAUCAGAGGCGCUGGAGAAGGACCUUCAAUGGCUGGCUGAGCAUCACGGCAUUGAAAUCCCUAAGCCAAGCAAUCAAGGGGUUGUUUAUGCCCAAUAUCUGGAGCAUAUUGCUGAAGGGAGUGCACCAUUGUUCCUCUCCCAUUUGUACAACAUUUACUUCUCUCACAUUGCCGGCGGCCAAGUCAUAGCUACCCAGGUGUGUGAUAAGCUUUUAGAAGGCGAAGUGCUGGAGUUCCUGCAAUGGGAGGGAGAUGCAGAGGAACUGUUAAAGGGUCUAAGGGAGAAGGUCAACAUGCUUGGAGAGCAUUGGUCUAGAGACGAGAAGAACAGAUGCUUGAAAGAGACAUCAAAGUGUUUCAAGUACAUGGGUCAUAUAGUUCGGUUGAUCAUCUUAUGAAGAAGGGAAGCUAAUGAAGGAAUGGUGAAUGGAUUCUCCAUUUGGAAAACAUGUCUCUCCAUUGAUCGACGAGAACGUUGAGCUAGUCGAGUGAGCCCGCCUGAACUCUGCUUUGUAGUUGAGGCUUUGUGCCUUAAUCCUCCUGAACCAGUUCGCCAGUCAUUGCAGCUUGAGCAUCAAGUGGACGCAGAUGAAAAAAUCGCAAAACUGCUACAACCGAUUUAGUCCUGUUCAGCCUUCUCUUCUUGUUUUGAUGUGAAUCUUCCAAGUUUCCCGUCAAAGGGGCAAGAUCCUAUAGCUUUAGCUAUGUAAUGUAGUACAGGAGAAAUCCUUAUUAGAUCAGAAGAGGGGUUCGUAUAACAGAGCAAGAAGUAGUUGUAAACUUGUAGUAAUGCCCAAACAGAAAACUAUUGUUGUUUGUCAUUUCAGAGCUGUUUGUCCUUUUGAAAAACUAAAUCUGAUAAGAGUUCUCAUUUCUCUGAGCCAAUUACAAGGAAAAUCAAGAUUAUAAAAAAAUAAUUACAACCAACAUAAUUUGAAUAGGCCGAGAGAGAUUCAGCUCUUUCUAUGCCUCCUCGCCCAAAUGCAAGAGCUACGUUGGCAAGUAAUCAUGCCUUCUAAAGUCUGCAACGGUGGGGAGCUCUGUCUGAAACUCAGUUGCUCAACAAAAUGUUGUGUGUUGUUGAUCCCUUGGAGUUGAUUUCUGGAAGCUAUGCAUAGUAGCACCCUUCCUGUUUUGGGAUGUCGCUGUGGAUUCAGUCAGCCGUGCUAGGGAGUUUGAUUUCAGACACUGACACGAUCAUUUGGUGGUCUGUUGGCUCUUGGAUCUGAAGGUUGGGCCGACCAAUCUAUAGCUAUUACACUUCCAGCUUCGUCUGAGACUUUUCGUGUACUCUCAAUGCUUCCGAAAUACUGACUACCCACCUGAAUUCAACAACAUUAAGGAGCUGUAGAAAGCUGCCGAACUGGAAUACCAACUCUGGAAGCAGUAAUGGGGGAAAAUUAGAAUUUUACCCUUCCAGACCAGGCUGUGUUGGGUAGUAGACGUUCUUGAAGCCCAACCUUUUUGCAGCUGAUGCUGUAGUCUCACCGAUACAGGCUACAGAGUUGUCCCAAUGCCCUGAUUCCGAAGAAACGAGCUUGAGCCAUGCACUGUUGCAAUCAAUGCAUAUAUCAGCUGAGCAUGUUUCUUCGGUGGGAAAGAAGCAUAUGGAAGAGCCUUGUAACCUAGCUCAGUUAAUAGAUGAUGGAUGAGUUUAUGUUCCCAAGAAAUUUAGAGUGCUUACCGAAUUGCAGAAGGUGAAGCAACUGCGACUACAGGAACAGAGAGUGCCUCCUUAAGAACUGUUGGAUCCACACGAUCUACAGGAAUCUGAAGUUGCAAGAUUGUUGAAUAAGGAGGGAUAAUUUUGUUAGUCAGCUGGGGAAGGAAAUGGACAGUAACACUUCCUGCACCAUCAGAGCAUCAAAAGGUUGGAGGAAAUCUAAUGUUCAAUUGUACAUAGUUGGAGUCAUUUUACCAAAC